AUGGCGUCCUCUGCCGCCCCCGAAACUCUCAACGAGGACAUCCCCCAGAACGACAGCGGGAAGCUCAGGACUUUUAUUUCCAUUUUGCGAAAGUUCAUCGGCGUCCCUGAUCUCGCCGCUGUCCGCUUCUCUCUGCCUUCGCAGCUCCUCGAGCCCAGACCCAACCUCGAGUACUGGACCUACCUCGACGUCCCCAGCGCAUUCGCUGCUAUUGGCACCGCAGACGAGCCCGUGGAUCGCAUGCUCGAGGUCCUCCGGUUCUGGUUCACCAAGGAUCUGAAAUACGUCAAGGGCAAGCCCUGCAAGCCCUACAACUCGUGUCUCGGAGAGUUCUUCCGCUGCAACUGGGAGGCGGAAAAGAACGUCCCCGCCAUCGAUACCAAGAGCACCAGCGGCACCGCCAGCAGUGCGUCCUCCAUCAAGUCCUCCAAGGGCGACCCGCGAUCUUCCUCCUCCGUCUCGGUACCUCAGACUGCCGAGAACCCCGCCGGCCCUACGUGGCGCAUUUCGUAUCUUACAGAACAGACGUCGCAUCACCCCCCCGUGAGCGCCUUCUACAUCGGCUGCCCUGAGCAGGGCCUGCAUGCGAGGGGCUUUGAUCAGAUCUCCGCCAAGUUCACCGGCACCACCAUCAAGGUGUCGCCUGGUGAACACAACCUGGGUAUUUUCAUCACCUUGGAGAAGCGAGAAAAUGAGACCUACCAGCUCCAGCAUCCCGCUGCCCACUUGGGCGGUCUUUUGCGUGGUGCUUUGAGUGUCAGUGUCGGCGAGUCUGCCUAUGUCACUUGUCCCAAGACCAAGCUGAAGUGCAUCCUCGAGUAUAUCGAAGAUGGCUGGCUCGGCCGCGCUCAAAACAGGAUGGAGGGUGUCAUCUUCCGCUAUGACCCCGACAACGACACCAAGACACGCAUCAAGGAUGUCGCCGACAAGGAUGUCCUGAUCAGACUUGGUGGCUCUUGGAAGGACAAGAUCGUUUACACCGUCGGUCCAAAGCCAGUCAGCUCUCAUCCCGCUGAUAAGCAGAUUGUCAUUAUCGAUCUGAAUCCUUUGCAUGUUGCCUCCAAGGUGUUACCCCCCAAGGACAAACAAGCAGAGAACGAAUCGCUGGAAAUGUGGGACGGUGUAACACAGGCUAUUCACUCGAAGCAAUUCUCAAAAGCGACGCAGGUCAAGCAGGAACUCGAGGAGAAGCAGAGAGAAAAGGCCAGGGCCCGCGAGAAAGACAAUGUUGAGUGGAAACCCGUCUUUUUCUCUCAGGUCACAGACAAGGGCGGCAAGCCUGACCUCAGUGACAAGGGCAAACAGGUCCUCGAGAGGAUACAGAAGAACGACUGGAGCCUCGAGGGCAUUGUAUAG